AUGGCUGUAAGGCUACAGCAAGAAUACUUCCAAGUUCCCGUUGUCAUGCGUCUUCCUCGAAGGUAUCACACCGGCAUGAUUUCUGCACAUCGGUUCUACGUGUAUCUCCACACAUUCCAAAAUGUGUUCCCCUCCCAUUCAGUUAUGAUAAGUGCAGUCGGUACCUCUCUGCUCUCGAAUCGGCUGAUAGUGCAUAAUGGGAUGACCGCCAUUAAUGUCUUGUACUGGUUAUUUUCCUACACCGCUGCCCUCACUCAAGGAUGUGUCUUCAAAAGUAUCGAGGUAACAUCUCUAGCUGAGUUGAUUCUCGUCGCUGAAGCGACUAAGCCAGCGUUCGCGAGAAUUGCCAGAAGACGGGGUUGGCUCGAGACUACCUAUUCUUGCCGAGCAGUGAUCGAGCUCGGCCUUCAGGAUUUAAGGUCACUUGCGACUUUUGUACUUAGCACCCUGUCAUAUCACCCCAAGCUUGCUCGGUUCGCUCGGCUACUCGCGGCUGCAUUCACAGGGUCCUUGAGGUCCAAGUUAAUUGGCAUUGGCUCGGUUAGAUGGAUCUUGAUUUGGGCGGAUGAUGACAUCGAUUUCUUGAAUGUGGGAUGGAGUCAACAUCUGGUAUAG